GGCGCAGUAAGAGUAUAGUGUUAAAAGUCAUUAGUUUACGACUCUCUCAAUUCUUUCAGUUUCAGCGAUGACAGAACCCCUCCCCGAUACAAUGGCGGAGCCACCGUCCCUCAUUUCUCUCUGCAUCGAUGAACUCACUCAACAACUCCUCUUAGGGGAUGAUGACGUUGUUUCAAUUAUUCAACAUAUAUACGAUCUUCCGUCUCAUUUACUUGAUGAAUUAAUCUCGCGUUUACCUCCUCUUGCAUUGUACAACUUCAACCUUCACAUGCCAUUUCAGGAUCAGAAUACGGAAGAUUUUUCUCACGAUGACUCAACGAACAAGAGAAAACGUGCCAGGGAUUGGAAUCUAAAUACAGCCUGGCGAAGGUUGUUUGAGUUACGGUGGCCUAAUCUCAUUAAUCAGAUCCAACCAACUGAUUGGCAGAAAGCAUACUGGGAAACUCAUUUGCAAAAUUGUCUGGAUGAAGCAGCAGAGAUAGCACUAAUCACAUCUUUUAAUGGACAUAUUGGUGAUAUACAGAUUUCAGACAGCAUACAGGACUAUAUUGGUUUUGAGGGACAUACAAUUCAUUCAACUUGUAACUAUUCCAAACUCUCUUACCAUUGCCUACAAUUCGGAAGCCAUGUGAGUUGUCUGAGACUGCAAAAUAUUCUGUGUACUGCAGAAACUACUCGUUUGUUGAGGGAAUGCAAGCUGCAUAGUCUGUUGCUAAGAUGUAUCCGAACGAAGCAACAAGUUGAUGGAUUGUGCAAACUUAUCACUCAACAUAGUGGAACAUUAACAUCACUGGAAUUUAUUCACUGCACAGUCUACACAGACUUUAUUAAUGCAAUACUUGAUGCUGUUGACAUAAAGGGUGUUCAAAAACAUGGGAUCCAACACCUCUCAAUCGUCUCCUCAAGUUUGGAACAAGGCAGAUGUUCUUUCUCUGAUGGGCUUGUAUCAUUUGUGUCUUCAGCAAGGUCCCUGUGCUCAUUAAAACUAUCUGACAGUCGCCUUGGACGGACUUCCGCAAAAGCUCUUUUCGUAACUCUUCUCAAUGUUUCCUCUAGCAUAUCUGUCCUUGACCUUUCUGAGAAUGAAAUAGCAGGAUGGCUUUCUGACUUUAACAAGAGACUCUCAAGUGGUUUAGUUUUGUCUGUAGAAAUUGGAAAGUCCUUGCAACUGCUGCGUGUUCUCAACCUGAGGGGGAACAGCUUACGGAAAGACGAUGCCGAAAAUCUUGGAAAUGCUCUUGCAUACAUGCCUAACUUGGAGGACCUGGAUAUAAGUGACAAUUCAAUUGGGGAUGAAGGAAUCAGGAAUUUAAUCCCCUAUUUUGUUGGAACAUCUGAAAAGUGCUCCCGCGUGACUUGUUUGAAAUUAGAGGCUUGUGAGCUGUCCUAUGAUGGAGUUAAUCAUUUUCUAGAUUCCCUUUCUACUCUCAGAGGACCAUUGAAGUCUCUUUCCAUUGCUGAAAAUUACCUUGGAAGAAAAGUAGCCGGAGCUUUGGGAAGAUUUUUGAGCACACCUAUCGAAGAACUUGAUGCUUCAGGUAUUGACUUUGGUCCAUCUGGUUUUCAAGAUCUUCAAAAUCUAAUAAAGGAGGAGCUUAAGUUGGUGAAAAUUAAUAUAAGCAAAAACCGUGGUGGGACUGAAACUGCCAAGUUUUUGUCAAAACUCUUGUCACAGGCUCCACAACUAAUUGAUGUGAAUGCAGCGAGUAAUUUUAUGCCUAUUGAAUCACUGUCCAUCAUCUCCUCUGCAUUAAAAUUGGCAAAAGGUAAUGUUCAGCGUUUGGACUUGACCGGACAUAAAUGGGACUAUAAGCCAGAGCAUGCUUCUCUUAGCACUGAAUUUGUAUAUAAUGGAAAGCCUAUAUUGAUUCUUCCACCUUCAUCCAUCACUGCUGCUCCUUAUGACCAUGAUCCUUAGAAAAUAAAUUUAGUUUGAUUUCAACUAUGCUGCGCACUGUAUAUGCAAUUAAUAGUUGUUUUUGUUUCUUUUUCAUUGUUGCAUAUGUUAGAUCAAAUGCAAUACAACAAAUAGUUGCUAUUGAGUCAACGGGUUUUCGGCCCCUCUCAAUGACAUUCCAAACACACCGAAAGAUGAUAUAGAAAAACACUUGGUUUUGGAGUUACUUUUUUACAAACUGUUCUCAUAA